CUCUCGCACCGGAGCGGACAACACAUACACCCAGCAGUGCCAACGGACGGCUCUUCAGCACGAGACACAGGAUGCGCGCUCUGCUACCCCUGCUGGUGGCAGUGGCCCUAGCGGCGGCCGCGGUGUCGGCGCAAGGCUACGGGCCGCCUCGCAAGUCGCACAAGAAGCCGGUCAGCAGCACCACGCCCGCGCCGCUGCCCUCCAGCCCUGCCCCCGUGCAGCCUCCCAGCGAGGACGAGCUCCAGCAGAACUUGCUGCCCUCUGACUUCGGCCUCAGCAGUAACAAUGGUCGCUUCUGGUGGCAGCAGGGGGCCUUCAGUGGCGCCACCGCCUCCUCUAAUUCUGGAUCCAUAGCUGGACCAGGAUGUGGGCCGGGCUCGGCGUGCUCGCGGCCAGGGCCGGCAGGCACCACGGGCCAGUACGGCGAGUCCUCGCUGCUGCUGCCGGGGUCGCGGCCAGCCUCCGGCUGCGGCGGUGCGUCGGGCGGCGCCUGCGCUCAGCCCGGCUUCCCAGGUGCCCCAGGCACGACGGGAGCGUUUGGCGAGACGGGCCUUGGAGGCUACCCGCUGCCUGGCGCCCCCGGCACCACGGGGGCGCUGGGGGAGACCAGCCUGCAGGGCAACCCCUUCCUGAGCGGUCUCCUGCCAGGGGGCGGCUCUGCAGUCGGCGGCGGCACGGUCCCCUGCAAGACCAGGAGCGGACACGCCUGCGUCCAGAAGACCCUCUGCAGCAACGGCAAGGUGCUGCCUGGCGUCAAGAUCAACAGCUACACGAUCCGUGACUGUAACGCCGCAACAGAAGUCUGCUGCCAGCUCCAGACGGAAGUAUCAGGCGCAGGCACUGGUGGCACCUUCGUUGUAACAACGCCGCGACCUGGAGUUACGGCGACAACACCGGGCCUUGUUCACAUACCGCCAUCCACUCCCGGCGGCCUCGUCCACAUUACACCUUCUCCUUUCCCUUCAGGUUCCACAGCCGUCCCAGGACAUGGUCUGGUACACAUUGCGCCUGGCCAGUACGGACCAAUAAGCCCAGGCACUGGACAUCCAGGUCAACCUGGUAAACCUGGCACCCCUGGAACUCCUGGACAACCUGGGCAGCCUGGUCUUCCUGGACACAUUGGUUACCAGCCUGGGCAGCCAGGACAGCCUGGACAACCAGGAAAACCUGGGCUACCAGGUCAGCCUGGGCAACCUGGAUACCCUGGUCAGCCAGGACAGCCUGGUCAGCCUGGGACGCAUGGACAACCAGGACAACCUGGCCAGCCUGGAUACCCAGCACAACCUGGACAGCCAGGAUACCCUGGACAGCCUGGACAACCUGGGCAGCCAGGAUACCCUGCACAACCUGGACAGCCAGGAUACCCUGGACAACCUGGACAACCUGGAAAACCAGGGUACCCUGGACAACCUGGACAGCCUGGGCAGCCAGGAUACCCUGCACAACCUGGACAACCAGGAUACCCUGGGCAACCUGGACAACCUGGGCAACCUGGACAACCUGGAAAACCAGGAUACCCUGGACAACCUGGACAACCAGGAUACCCUGGUCAACCUGGACAGCCUGGACAACCUGGACAACCAGGAUACCCUGCACAACCUGGACAGCCAGGAUACCCUGGUCAACCUGGACAGCCUGGGCAACCUGGAAAACCAGGAUACCCUGGACAGCCUGGACAACCUGGACAGCCAGGAUACCCUGGUCAACCUGGACAGCCUGGGCAACCUGGAAAACCAGGAUACCCUGGACAGCCUGGACAACCUGGACAGCCAGGAUACCCUGCACAACCUGGACAGCCAGGGUACCCUGGACAACCUGGGCAACCUGGACAGCCAGGCCAAACUGGCCACUCUGGAUACUAUCCAGGGCAGCCUGGAAAGCCUGGGCAACCUGGGACCCCUGGCCAGCCAGGUCUGCCUGGACAACCUGGAUUACCUGGGACACCAGGGCAACCUGGGCAACCUGGACAGCCUGGCCAACCUGGCCACUCUGGAUACUACCCAGGACAGCCUGGAAAGCCUGGACAACCUGGAACACCUGGCCAGCCUGGGCUUCCUGGACAGCCUGGACAACCUGGACAGCCUGGGAAACCUGGUCAGCCAGGCUACACCCCUGGUAAACCAGGCAGUGUGACCCCUGGAGGAAUCCCCACUGGGCGUCCUGGACAACCUGUUGGAGUAGCUCCUGGCCAGCCUGGCUACAUCCCUGGCCAGCCAGGCCAGUUUGGUUUCAUCACUGGCCCCACUGCCCAGCCGUCACAGCCCACCUAUGUGUAUGGUCAGCAGCCACAGCAACCUGGACAGGUUCUCGUCCCUGUCAGACCAACAGGGACCAUAAACCGUCCCACUACCGGGUCUGGCUACUACGGAGUGCCCAUCGGUGGGUCCAUCUACGACACAGUGACGCCCGCAGGUGCCCAGAAGCCGUAUACUGGUCCACUGAACACCACGCCGCACCCAGGCUGCGCUGCCGCCCUCAAGUGCGUCUCCAUCAGCUACUGCACUGCUGAAGGCGUCAUGUCCAACACACCAGUCGUACUCACUCGCGACCAGGAGGAGAAUCGUGUACCACUUACGGAUUGCCAGGAUCCAGACACGGGCAUCAUCGGCAAGUGCUGCCGCGACCCCAACUAUAAGGACCCCUGGCCUGGCGGUAUGAUGAUGAAGACUCCCCAGCCGGACGAGUGCGCGCCGCUCGGGGCCACCUGCCAGCCCAGCUACCAGUGUGGGGCAUCCGCACGAGUGCAGCCCGUCAAGAACUGCAGAGUCGGCCUCGAUGGAUCGUCUGGCGUGUGUUGCCGGUUCCAGCCUAGUUCGGGCAACCCCUUCCUUCCUGGUGGUGUGUUCACUGGCAGUACCAAGAAGCCAGAAUAUGGCUACGGACCAUCGUCUCCAUCUCCUGGCAAGCCACUGAAGACUCCUGGCCCCAACGUAAUUGUCCCUGGAGGUACCACUGCCGUUGGAUUUCCAGUCACAACGACGCACUCUCCAUUUGGACAGCCAGGUUUCUCCACAACACCCUCCCCAGGUUCCUACAGACCUGGCUAUACCGUUACUUACCAGCCAGGGGCCUCCUCCACUCCAGGUGUGUACCAGCCUUCUGGUACUGCUGUCUACCCUGGUAGCUCGACCCCUGGUGUGUAUCAGCCAGGCUACUCCACUCCAGGAGUAUACCAACCAUCAUCUACGCCAUCACCAUUCCAGCCAUCUGGCACACCUGGAUAUUCAAGUGGCACUACGCUGUCGCCUUACCAACCAUCAUCUCAACCUGGUUACAGUACAACUCCAGCACCCUUCCAGCCUGCAGGUGGCACCAGGUUCCCCUCAGGUUCGAGACCCGGGGUAUUCCCAUCAGGCUCUACGCCAGGUGGCACUGUGUAUCCUGGAUCGACCCCAUCAUCGUACCAGCCAGGUGGUGUGACUGGUUAUCCCACAGGUACCUAUGUACCAGGCAGCCAGGGAACACUGCCUGGUUUCCAAGGCCGCCAACCAUCUGGUACCAGCCUCGUAGUAGCCUACAGCAAGAUCAGCCCACCUACCUGCGGCAUUGGCACCAAACAGAGGCAGGGCUUGCCGGAGAACGAAGCGGCGCCCGGCGAGUUCCCGUGGGAUGUGGUCAUCUUCUCUGACGAGCUGCAGUCGGCGCUCUGUGCAGGAGUCAUCGUCACCGAGAAGGCCAUCCUCACCACCGCCCGCUGUGUCGAGGGACGCGAGAGCUCCGACCUGACGGUGAAGGCGGGCCUGCAGUCGGUGGGCGGGCAGCCCGUGGCGCAGUCCCAGGUGGCCGCCACCAUCCGCCACCCCAACUUCGACCCCAACACGCAGUUCGACGACCUGGCGCUGCUCGUGCUGGCGGCGCCACUGCCGCUGGGCGGCGCCGGCCGCCUCUCCGCCGUCUGCCUGCCGCUCUCCAGGGCCUCCGGGCCUUCCAACGGCUGUGUCGCCAGCGGCUGGACCAAGGCCGCCAUACAAGGCAAGGUUCGUGGAGCUGACGCCACGAUGCACCGGGUACCGGUGAACCUGAUCGAGCCGGCAACGUGCCAGGACCUGCUGAGGAAGACCUACCUCGGCAAGUACUUCGUCCUCAACAAGAGCUUCGGCUGCGCACUGCCGGCGACCUCCACGGCCAGCUUCUGUAUGGUUGACGCAGGUUCUCCAGUGACGUGCGAAGACGCGGCGGGCCACCAGGUCCUCCGCGGACUGUACAGCUGGGACGUGGGCUGCGCCGCUCCUUCGGCGCCCGCGUCUCUGUCCUCCGUGGACACCGCGUGGAUCGAGUCGGUGCUGGCCAUUCCCACCGACGAGCUGGUGCGCCAGGAGCUCAACGAGAUCCUGCGGCGCCAGCAGCUGGAGGAGCAGCAGCAGCAACUGGACACCGAGGGCAAGCCGGGCUUCGCACAGGGCUACGGCAAAUAGGCGGACCUCGGCGCCGCGAGGCAGCGUGCGGGGGAGGGCGCUUCAGCGCUUCGUCGGUGGCCACCGCUUUCCAGAGUCGAACAGUGCAAACGGCUUCCACUACUCCUCUUCAGAGGACUCCCCAUGCCUCAUAAUACUGACUGCGAUCUGUGAUGUUUUCAUAUCUUCGCGCAAACCCAUUCAGAUGCUAUCAGUUCCAUUUUACAUGAAACCCUCGACACUGUAACUACUGGCAGCUUGAUGCACUCAUUUGGAAAUUUAGGGGAUACUAUCGCUUUGCAAGGGCAUUGCUUGUAUGUAAUUUUUGGGACCCUCUGGACUUGCACGCUUGCCAAGUGUGGAUUUACACUCCAAAAGGAACGUCGGAGCGUCGAUAGCUCUUGUACAGCUUCUUCGUGCUACACCAUUGACGCUCCAGACGUUCCCCUUUGAAAUUCCUUAAUGGAAUGGCCAGUGGACAAAGAAAGUGUGGUGUGCUUUCUUUCUAAUCCUGCCAAUUAAUUUUUUUAAAUAAAACGUUUUGUAAACACGUUUUCGUAAUUUAUUUCCAGCAGCGAUUUCAUAAAUGUUUACUAAACUGACAAACGCUGAUGGAACACAUUUUGCUGAGACUGACUCAUAAUGGUUUGACUACUCCCCGUGUAGGGCGAUUGACUGAGGAGGAAUCUUUCACCUGUAAAGCAGGAAAAGGAAGCACGAAAUGAAGAUGAGAGAUUAGCUACAACUGUUAGUUUGACGACGAUGUGACACUUGUUUCGUUUUACUGAAAGCAACAGUUAAUUACAUUUUUAUUACAAACAAUGGCCAGUUUACGGAUAUUCUAGGUUUUAUGCUACAAACUUUGUGUGCAACAACCAAAAGAAACACUGCUGUGUGAUUGAGUCAUAUGAUUCACUUAUUUUCUAAUAAAUUUACUGCUCAAACAAAAAUACUGCCUUAUAAAAAUCUCGAUAAUUUGUAACGAUUUUUUGUAAAAAUGAACUGUAUUUUGCAGAGUACAUCUAAAGAUGAUAUGAUCUGAUUUUGUUACUGUAAUGCUUAAGCAAUAUUUACAAAUAAAGUAUGCGAAACAGUAAAUAAAAUGUCCUAUAAUAUUUGGGCAGUGUUUCAAUUACAUCCGGCACAAAAAAAAAAACAACAGACAGUCCUACAGAUGUUCAACAUGAAAUCUUCAACAGAUGCGCAGUUCCAACACAACGCAGGAAAGAAACUGAACCCACACUCACUUAUGUACUCACAAAUGCGAAUAAAAGUUGUUUCUUUGA